AUGGCGUCUCUUUCUCAGACGUCUCAGAACGAUGACGAACAGGUUCAAGCAUCCGGGCCUCUUCUUGUCCAGAAGCUCCAGGAAGCGGGCAUCAAUGCGCAAGACAUCAAGAAGCUCGCCGAGACAGGCCUGCAUACAGUGGAGGCAGUCGCAUAUACCCCCAAGAAAUCCUUGAUGCAAAUAAAGGGUAUUUCAGAGCAGAAGGCGGAUAAGAUCCUGGCCGAAGCCCACAAGAUCAUCCCGCUGGGGUUCCAGAGUGCGACGGAAGUACACGCGCGGAGAUCAGAACUAGUACAUAUAACAACUGGCUCGAAGAAUCUUGACUCUCUGCUUGGCGGCGGCAUAGAAACUGGUUCCAUCACCGAGUUAUUUGGCGAGUUCCGUACUGGCAAAUCGCAGAUAUGCCACACGCUAGCAGUAACGUGUCAGCUACCUGUUGAUAUGGGUGGAGGGGAGGGAAAAUGUCUCUACAUUGAUACAGAGGGCACGUUCCGUCCUGUGCGGCUCCUGGCUGUCGCGGAGAGACUAGGCUUGAACGGAGAGGAGGUACUUGACAAUGUCGCGUACGCGAGGGCGUACAACGCAGAUCAUCAAUACCAGCUUCUAACCUCUGCGAGUGCGUUGAUGUCAGAAUCAAGAUUCUGCUUGCUCAUUAUCGAUUCCUGUACUGCUCUUUAUCGGACGGAUUUCAAUGGACGUGGUGAGCUGUCUGCACGUCAGGCUCAUCUCGGCAAAUUCCUUCGUACACUGCAACGGCUGGCCGAUGAAUUCGGGAUUGCUGUUGUAAUGUCAAAUCAGGUCAUGUCGAAUCCAGACGCCUCUGCGGGCCCAUACGUUGCUAACGAGAAGAAGCCGAUCGGAGGAAACAUCUUGGCACAUGCAUCGACGACACGGGUUCAAUUGAAGAAAGGACGUGGUGUAAACCGACAAGCUAAAAUAUAUGAUUCACCGUGUCUGCCGGAGUCUGAGACAACAUUCGCUAUUCUUGCAAGUGGUAUUGGAGAUCCAGAAGAGGAUGCAUGA